GGGAGCUGUGCCUAUUCAUUCCAAUUUUGGGAGCCAAAUUUGGAAAAAGAGAGAAAGAGAGCGAGAAUUGUGUAGAGGCCUUGAAUUUAUGAGCUGUGUGGGAACAGCGAGGGCUAAGAUAUUAUUAGACUCUGGAAUCGUCCCUUGCUUUGAUACCAGCACGGUAAAUAGAGCCAAACUUGACCGAUUAGGUAUCGGAGGAGAAGCACAAUUGAAAUUUAAUUCAUCAUCUCCGGCAUCGUCUUCGUCGUCGGCAUUGCUCCUGCGGAGCAGCAGCAGCAUCAGGAAACGACACGUGGAAAUGGCGAUGGAGCUGACUACCGCCGCGGUUUCGGCGCCGCCGCCGUCUCUGAUUUUGACUUCCGGCGCCAGCGGCCGGAUAAGCGCGUUGUUCUCGCUCCGAGCGUUGAGGAGUUUGAUGAUGCUGAUCAACGCCUUCUUCCUGCUGCUGUUGCUGCCGUUCCGCGGGCGGAAGCAGUCGUCGGAGAAAUUGUCCGACGACGAGAAGCAGAGGGGGACGGUGGUGCGUGUGCCGGCCACGAUCGUCCACUGGAAGAGCACCAGCUCGGCGGCGCCGCCUUCGCCGCCGGUUGAUCUUGACGUGGCGGCCAGGAGGGCGCUGGCGAAGAUACGUGUCAAGCAGGACGAUGAUGAGAAUUCCGUCCGGCAGUAUUCGAUUUUUGCCACCGCCAGAGGUGAAACUCUUUUCACCCAAACCUGGACUCCGGUUUCGGUUAACAUCAGGGGCGUUGUCAUUCUUAUGCAUGGCCUGAAUGAACACAGUGGCAGAUACAGCACUUUCGCAAAGCAGCUGAAUGCUAAUGGCUUCAAGGUUUAUGGAAUGGAUUGGAUUGGUCAUGGCGGGAGUGAUGGGCUUCAUGCGUUUGUUCCUUCUCUUGAUUUUGCUGUCGCUGAUUUGAAAUCAUAUAUCGAAAAAGUUGUAGCUGAAAAUCCUGGCUUGCCUUGUUUCUGUUUUGGACACUCCACCGGUGGUGCCAUUAUCAUUAAGGCAAUGCUUGACCCAAAAGUUGAGGCCUGCAUAGAUGGUGUGGUGCUCACAUCACCAGCGGUUGGGGUUCAGCCUACGCACCCGAUAUUUGUGUUACUUGCUCCAGUCAUUGCAUUUUUGAUACCGAGAUAUCAACUCAGUGCGGCAAACAAGACAGGCAUGCCAGUUUCUCGGGAUCCUGCAGCUCUGGCUGCCAAGUAUUCAGACCCUCUAGUGUACACUGGAGCCAUCCGUGUAAGGACCGGUUAUGAAAUUCUUCGAAUCACAUCCUACUUGCAGCAGAAUCUUAGCAAGAUGAGAGUCCCCUUUUUGGUUCUCCAUGGCACAGCUGACACUGUUACUGAUCCUAAAGCCUCACAGAAACUGUACAACGAAGCCUCCUCAACUGACAAAACCAUCACAUUGUAUGAUGGGUUAUUACAUGACCUCCUCUUUGAACCAGAACGAGAAGCUAUUACGGAGCACAUAAUAGGUUGGUUGAAGAAUAGAAUAUGAAAGCUAGAUGGUGCAUUGAGAGAAUUGACUGAGUUAUUGAACAUCAACAAAUUCGGAAACAGAAUAGUCGGCUUCAAUCUGAGUGACCAAUUUUAUGGGUCACUUACAGAAGCAUGGUGGUGAAGCUGACGACAAAACUUAUGUGCUGCUGAAUAAAUUCGGAAUAUUACGUUGAAACUUGAAAACGGACAAUGUUCCUUGCUCUGUAUUUAAACAUUUUCUGCAGGAUCUCUUUCUAAAGUUUGUCCCAUUUAUAUGGGAUCAAUGAGAAUUGCUGAAGUGGAGCAUUUCAC